AUGCCUGACACCAAGAGGGACCCCUGCGUACCCGAGCUGGGCCUCUGGGAGCGAGCUGAUAUUCAGUUUGGUAAGAUCACCAUAGUUGCAAACGUUCUUUAUGCUGCCAUCACUGGAGUAUUCCGGGGCAAGAGUAGCCCGAAGGCCUACUCGAGUCAUCUACUGGCCACGGCGGUGCGGACGUUGAUCGAUCGGCUCUCCAUUCGCCAAAACCAAUAUAUGAAUCCCCCGACACCAGCAACCUACAAGGCCGUGAUGGAGAAACGAGGCUUAAAGCCCGAGACUGUUCCUCUCCCCCACGACACUGAGGGCUACUGGCUAGGAAACAAAGAUGCAAAGAAUGUCUUGGUCUUUUUUCACGGAGGCGGCUUCGGCUUGCCCGCCACGCCUGCGCACUUUGAAUUCUGGCUAGAUCUAUUGAAAGUCGCGAAUGAGAACGGCCAUGAUAUUGCUGUCUUCUUCCCUCGAUACACACAGAGCCCAUAUGGUACUUACCCAACCCAACUGCGUCAAGCAACCGGUGCCUUGCGCUACAUCCUUAAUGAGACCGGUAGAUCCCCCGCCAACGUUGUCGUGGGCGGUGACUCCGCUGGAGGUAAUUUGGCCCUGGCUGUCCUACUGCAUCUUUCUCACCCGCACCCGGAAAUCGACCCUAUCUCUCUAUCUGCUCCCCUGGCCGGUGUAUUUGGCCUUGCACCCUGGGUCAACUUCGCCACGGACUGGCCUUCCUUCAAGGAUAAUGCUUACAAGGACCUCCUCACCGAGCGGGCACUGAGCGAAUGGUCCGCGGCUUACAAUCCUGGAAAGGAGCAUGAUGCUUGGAGUGAACCUGACCGCGCUCCUGCUGAGUGGUGGGCGGAUGCAAAGACAGAGCGCAUCCUACUUCUCGCGGGAUCGGAUGAGCUUUUGCUAUCCCCGAUCGAGUCCUUCGCGAAAAAGAUCAAGUCUGUUUUCCCCAAUACUACCUAUGUUGUUGGUACCGAUGAGGCUCACGACAUUAUCUUUUAUGGUAACCCUGGGCCCGAGGGCGUACAAACUGGCAACGAGCUGCGACAGUGGCUUUUGUCUCGCCUGUAG